AUGGCUUCACAAAAGAAACAAUGUGUCAUUCCUUUUAAGCCAUCCAAUUCAAGUAAUCCGUUUAUAAGUCCGGGGUUUAGAUUUUCUAAUGAAAAGAUGAGGGAAGUCAUUGCCACUUCUAUUAUGGUACAUGAGUAUCCUUUUAGCAUUGUAGAAGACGAUGCUUUUAUAUGGUCAUUUCAGUAUGCGAACCCUGAAUUUCAGAAAGUUUCUCGUAAGACGAUACGAAGUGAUUGCAUAGCAAUAUAUGAAGCAGAAAGAAAAGCAUUGAAGGAAUUAUUAAAGAGUGUGAGCAAGAUUAGCUUGACAACAGAUAUGUGGAAAUCCAGUCAUCAAGUGAUUGAAUAUAUGGUAAUCACUGGUCAUUUUAUAGAUUCUGGGUGGAAGCUUCAGAAAAGGAUUUUAAGCUUUGUCAAGGUGCCUGCUCCAAGGCGAGGAAUUGAUGUAGCCAAUGCCAUUUUCAAAUGUUUGAAGGCUUGGGGGAUCGAAGAUAAAGUGUUCUCAGUAUCAGUUGACAAUGCUUCAUAUAAUGACUCGUGCUUGAGGUAUCUAAAAGACUACAUAUCACGCAGCACCAAGCUUGUCCUCGAUGGAGCUCUAUUUCAUGUUAGAUGUUGUGCACACAUAUUGAAUCUUUUGGUGCAAGAUGGGCUUAGUCGAAUCAAAGAUAUCAUCCAUAAUGUUCGUGAAAGUGUGAAGUAUGUAAACUUCAAUGAUUCAAGAUUGAAGAGUUUUGGUGAAGUAGUUGAACAAAAGCAUCUAAAAGAAAGGAAGUUGAUAAUUGAUUGUCCAACAAGGUGGAAUUCUACAUAUCACAUGUUAGCCGCUGCUUUAAAAUUCAAGAUUGUCUUCUCAGAAUACCAAGAAAGAGAACCUCAUUAUACAUUUGCACCUUCAAAUGAAGAUUGGGAGAAAGUCGAGAAAGUUUGUAAACUUUUAGAGGUUUUCAACUUAGCUACCAAUUUAAUAUCUGGAAGUGAAUAUCCUACUGCCAACUUGUAUCUUUCAGAGGUCUGGAAAGUGAAGCAAGUAAUUGAUGAUGCGACAAAGGAUGAUGAUCUUUUUAUGAUACAAAUGGCAACGCAAAUGAAAGAAAAGUUUGAUAAAUAUUGGGGUGAGUGCAAUCUAUUGAUGGCUGUUGCAAAUGUAUUGGAUCCGAGAGUUAAAUUUCAUGGUGUUGAAAUAUGUUUUCCAAUGAUAUACAAGUCUGAAGAAGUUGCUGCCGAGUAUGUGAACAAAGUGCGUGCUUCACUGCAACAACUAUAUAAUGAUUAUGUGGCCUUAAGUGUUGAAGAAUCAUCCUCAAGUCAGUGCAAUAUGGCUAACAUCUCCUCUGCCACCACCCAAUCUGAAUCUGCGAUAGUUACUGGGUUUGAUCAAAUUAUGAGUCUUGUAAGAGCAAAAGAAGCAAUUCCUAUAUCAAAAUCUGAAUUGGAUGCCUAUCUCGAGGACAGUGUUUAUAUUCCUGAUGGAAAUAUGUCUUCAUUUUGUGCCUUGGAGUGGUGGAGGAACAACAGCAUGAAAUAUAAAGUUUUAUCGAAGAUGGCUGCUGAUGUACUUGCGAUUCCAAUAUCAACGGUAGCUUCAGAGUCUACAUUUAGUGCUGGAGGUAGAAUUAUAGAUGAAUAUCGUUCAAGAUUGAAUGAAGAAUCUAUUGAGACACUAAUUUGUGGAGGAGAUUGGCUUCGACAUAAAUACAACUUGAAAAAAAAGAAGGUGAAUGAGUCUUUGAAGGAGAUAAGCUUAUAGAUUAAAGAAGUUCUUUAAUACUUUGGUUGCGGAGUGGAAAUGCUAAUGUCCAGAAGAUAUUAUUGAUCUAUUUGCUAUUUUUCUCUUGAAACUUUUAUUGUAUUG